AUGCACUGGCGCAAGCUCGCAACGACGACCACAGGUUGGUUCUUGGUCGGGUACGCUGCAGCAAGGAAGCUUUGGCUGUCAACCAUGUCUGGAACACCGCGCUUUGACGUCAAGGCCUUUCACGACCAGCUGACGACAUCGUCACUUGGACGAAGCCUCCUCUAUGAAGAGCAGAUGACUUCAACCAUGACGGUGGCCCAGGAGGUGCUCAAAACUGAAGGCCGCGCCGCUCACGGCAAAGGCUUCCUGUGUGAGGAGCAGACGGCUGGCAUUGGGCGGCGAGGUCGCGACUGGAGAAGCGCAGCCAACGGCAACAUCUACUUCUCCUUCAUCUGGGCACCAACAACCGACACGACAAAGGAGCUCAUGUCAAGCAUGUUCAAGCUCAACUUUGCCAUCAGCAUCGCCACCGUGAAAGCAGCACAGGCCGUCGGAGUUGAGACAGCACGCAUCAAGUGGCCGAACGACGUGUGGAUUGGGACGCGCAAACUGAGCGGCAUGCUGGUGAACUUUGACGGCAAGACAGGCGGCGUUGCCGGUGUUGGCAUCAACGUCAACGAGGUGUUUGACACAACGGACGCGCAGUUGCCCGCCGUCAGCCUUGCGCAGGAGAGCGGCGAGGAAGUGGCAAGAGAGACUGUACUUGCAGCCUUUUGCAACAGCCUCGAACACAUCAUGACCCUCCCAAUGCACGAAGUGCUGAACCUCUAUGCAGAGCACGAUAUGCUGAAAGGCCGCACCGUUCGCGUCUACCACCGCGCGCGUGGGGAGGAUGAUGAGAAAGACUACGACGCCCAAGUCCUUGGAUUUACCCCAAGUGGCAACCUCCUCGUGAAGAAAUGCCAGGGUGGCGAGCAGGUUGCCCUUUCAGGGGAGGAGAUUUCUGUGCGGCCGCAGGCGUCGGCAGAGUAG